AGACAACUACAAUACUUUCCGGUGUCAAAGUGUAUGUUGUGUUGUCAAGAUGGCUGGCCAUGAUCAUCAUAGUGGCCAUCUGUCUAUGUGCUUAUGCGACGCGAUCAGAUUACUCUGGUCCCUGUUGCUGCCAUGCCUAUAUCUGAGUUUGGUGCUGACGCUGCUCCUUUUUCUACUCGUAAUGGGGGUACGAAUGUGGUUGCAAAGGAGUCGGAAAGCCCGACUGGCUCAGGACGGCUCUCCGACUGUGGCUUUCUUCCACCCCUACUGCAAUGCAGGAGGGGGAGGGGAGAGGGUGCUCUGGUGCGCCCUCAGAGCCAUUCAGAAUAGAUACCCAAGUGUCUCAUUUGUGGUAUACACUGGUGACCAAGGGGUGACAGGAGAGCAGAUCCUUGAGGGCGCUCGACAACGCUUCAACAUCAGGCUCCCUCGUCCAGUGACUUUCAUAUUCCUGAAGAGCCGUCUGCUGGUGGAAGCUAGCUCCUACCCCCACUUCACCCUGUUGGGGCAGAGCAUUGGUUCGAUGUUCCUUGGCUGGGAGGCCCUCACAUCCUUUGUGCCAGACGUCUAUGUGGACUCCAUGGGCUAUGCCUUCACUCUGCCGAUCUUCCGCUACCUAGGGGGGUGUAGGGUGGGCAGCUAUGUGCACUACCCAACUGUCAGUACUGACAUGCUGUCCGUGGUGAGAGAAAGGAACCCCAGGUUCAACAACUCGGCCCACAUCUCAGCCAACCCUCUCCUGAGUGCGGCCAAGGUGCUGUACUACUGUUCUUUCGCUCUGAUUUAUGGGCUAGCUGGCUCCUGCAGCGACAUCAUUAUGGUGAACUCUACCUGGACGCUGGGCCACAUCCUGGCCCUCUGGCGUGCCCCCAGCCGUACCGGGGUGGUCUACCCGCCCUGUGACGUUCGCUCGUUCCUUGACAUUUCACUGGAGAAUGAAGUGGAAGGGGACAAGCUUGGAGACAAGGAGUCUCAUUCUAUAGUGUCUGUUGGCCAAUUCCGACCAGAGAAAGACCACCAGCUUCAGAUUAAGGCCUUCCGGAAGCUUCUAGACAAGAACGGGGCAGGUCCAGGAGGUUGGAAGUCUCUAAGGCUUGUGUUGAUUGGUGGCUGCCGUAACCAGGAGGAUGAGGAUAGGGUGUCGACGCUAAAGGGGUUGUGCCAGGACCUGGGUGUGGCAGACAGGGUGGAGUUUAAACUGAACAUUCCCUUUGAAGAGUUGAAGAGGGAACUGGUGGAUGCUACCAUUGGCCUGCACACAAUGUGGAAUGAGCAUUUUGGAAUAGGUGUGGUAGAGUGUAUGGCUGCAGGGACUAUUAUCUUGGCUCACAAUUCUGGUGGGCCCAAACUGGACAUUGUGGUUCCCUAUGAGGGCGGCCAGACGGGCUUCCUGGCUGACAGCGAGGACAGUUACGCUACUGCCAUGGAGACCAUUCUGGCCCUAUCACCAUCAGAACGGCUGGAGAUCCGCAAGAAUGCUCGGCAAUCUGUGGACCGUUUCUCUGACCAGGAGUUUGAAGCCAGCUUCCUGUCGUCUAUGGAACCUCUGAUGGCAAGACUGAGGCAAUAAGAGUGAAGACCAGUGAGGGAGUUCUAUUACCGCUCUGGCUAAAACGAGUUGGUGUUGAUUCAGUUUCAUCUUUAAGACGGGUGCCUGUUGGUAGGAGCCAUGUGCAUCGCUUUCAGAGCAUAAGUGACUUAAAUAAAUUGGUGAAAAGCUGGUAAUGAGAAUUCUGCUUUCAUAUGCAAAAGUGGUUGCUUCAAAAAAACACUCUGCUUCCUCAAUAAAAACUAGUUUGAAAAUUCUAACUGAUAUUGUAUAUAGGAAAGAGAUGUUUCUGGAUGAUGCACCGUGUCCUGACAAUAUGACAGAGGCACAGAUUAGCCGUGUGGUGUCCUGACAAUAUGAGAGGCACAGAUUACCGUGUGGUGUCCUGACAAUAUGACAGAGGCACAGAUUACUGUGUGGUGUCCUGACAAUAUGGGAGGCACAGAUUACCGUGUGGUGUCCUGACAAUAUGACCGAGGCACAGAUUACCGUUUAAUUUGAAAAGAGCAGUCCUACAUCAUCAACUGCCCGUCCACGUGACUCGGAUCUCCUGGGCUCAAGCCGGACUAGCUGAAUAGAACUGUGUCAAUAACUCCCCUCACUCAAACAGCACCAUCAGCAGCACCCACAGACCUAAUUGGUCAGGAAUGUUGUAGUAUUUGGAAUGUUGGAUUACUGAUGGCCUAUAAGAUCUUUGCUGGCUUUAUUGAUAAGAAUGAAGCCUUAACUACUGUCUUUAAAAAGUGACUUGGUCGACAUGGUAUUUAUAUGUUUACACUCAGAGGUCUGUAGAAGGUUUCUGUAGUGGUUUCACCCAUGACAAAUGACCAAAUAAAUGUUUUUGUGUGUUUUUUUUUUUUACCUCUGUAGGGGACCAUGGCCCAUAAAUCUUACAGACUAAUAUGCACAAAAUGUAUAUCUAAUACAAAUAAUGCUUUAAAAGUAAAUGUUUUGUUAAUAUCUGAUAAAUAAAAAAAUUCAACCUUCA